AUGACCACGAGCUCUCCAUCACAGCACAUCCUGAAUGCUAACCCUAAGCAUGCAGGGAGCGGGCUAGUUGCAAAUAUACUCGACUCAUUCACGAUUCCCGGUCCACACGGCUUCCACACCUGCAUGGUCUUCGAUCCCCUAUGUGAACCACUAUGGAUGCUACAACACCGAUUCGAGCGGAAAGCUAUCCCACUGGACGUUCUAAAGCCUAUUACUGCCGCAAUAAUAGAAGGACUACGCUACCUACAUGAGGAAUGCCGUGUUAUACAUACAGAUCUAACACCCGACAACAUGAUGAUGAGAUUAUCCAACCCAGCCAUCGCUUCCUCGGUUGCAGAGACUGAACUCAUCGAACCGUCGCCACGAAAGCAACUCGUCGACCGGUCAAUAUACCUCUCUCGCAACAAAUGGAACAUACCACUCAGCGACCUGGGCGCACCUGCCAUCCAGGGCUUCCGGAAUGCAGUUCACGGUGGUAAACCACAUAGUCAUCCCAUCCAGCUAGCGAAGUACCAAUGCCCUGAGAUCUCUCUUGGGAUGGAGUGGACUUAUCCUGCUGAUAUAUGGAAUCUGGGUGCAGUGCUCUGGGAAUUAUUCUUCGGGAGAGGACCAUUCGACCAGCCAGGUGAUCCCGAGACUUGGACUGAGGCGGCGCAUGUUGCACAGAUUAUUUCAUUACUUGGGCCGCCUCCAUUGGAUGUCCUUCAGCGUGGGAAGCGAAGCUCCCAGUAUUUCGACGAAAAAGGAGAGUUCAAAUUCCCAGACCUCAUUCAAAAACUCGACUUUAGAACUUUGGUAGAUGGUGUUCAGGAUAGUGACGAGUUGGCAUUUGUGGACUUUAUCUCUAGAUUUUUAUGCUGGAGGCCUGAGGAUCGACCCACUGCCCGGGAACUGUUUUCAGGUCCAUAG